AAAUGCCAUACAUAUGGUGUAGAAUUUCGAUUUUAUAAUAACUUUUUUAUAGUAUCCUAGAAACAGAUUAUAAUUUGUGUUAAAAAAUGUUUGUAAGUGCAUGGAAAUAUAAUAAGAACAUAGGGUCGUAUUUAUGUCAGUGUGAGGUUCAGUUUCAGUUAAAUAAUGGAAUAUGCAACUACAGAUCAAGUACAAGCAAAAUAUUUAAGCUUUUCAAAAUGCCAAUUAGAAAAGAAGACGUGACUAAACAAGAUGUUUACUGCUCUGGUCCUCUUUUAGAAGCAGUUCAAAUGGCUCACAUAUUUGGUACUUCCAAGAGAUUUGUUGAUAAAAAAAUGAAAUUUAGCAUAGCAGAUGUCUUGUCUAAUUUUUAUAACCUGAAGAAAAAUUAUGGCGGAAGAAGUCCUGCACACGAAGCUUUGAGGAUGUUUAUUGAAGAAAAUUUUGAAGAUAGCCAUGAACUGGAGAUGUGGUUACCACCUGAUUGGCAUCCUAACCCUCAAAUAUUGUCAUCAAUAAAAGAUCAGAGGUUCCAAUUAUGGGCUGGAGAACUUAAUGAAGUCUGGAAAACUCUUGGGCGGCGAAUGAGUGACGAUGUGAAGCUAAACCCUCAAGCUUUUUCGUCUAUACCACUUCCAAAUAGCUUCAUCGUGCCAGCUGGUAAAAUCAAAGAGAUGCCUUACUGGGACUCAUUCUUCAUAAUACUCGGCUUACUAUCAUGUGAUAUGCCAAUAACUGCAAAAGAUAUGAUCAAGAACAUGCUUUAUCUUAUAGAAAACUUCGGUUAUGUUCUACACAGCUCAAGAAUAUAUUAUGAAGGUCGUAGUCACCCUCCUAUGCUUCCGAUAAUAAUGGAUUUGUAUUUCCGAAACACGUUUGAUUUCGAUUUUAUUAAAGAAAGUAUUGAAAUAAUUGAGAAGGAGCUAAUACACUGGAAGAAAAACAAGACGGUAAUUGUAAAUUACGAAGGUAUGGAAUACGAGAUGUAUUAUUACAACAAUAUUUCCGAGGGACCGAGGCCCGAAGCAUUCAGAGAUGAUAUGUCUUCGGGAACGUUGGCCAAUUCGAGAGAAGAAUUACAAGAUCACUUCACAUGCAUCAAAGCGGCAUCCGAAUCUGGCUGGGCCUUUUCUACCAGAUGGUUCGUAGUCCAUGGUUUUAACCAUGGAAGUCGAAGUAAUACUAGAACACCUGAUAUAAUUCCUGUUGAUUUAAACGCAAUCAUGCAUAGAAACUUUUGCCUUCUACAAAAGUGGUACAAAAGAAUGGGAGAUCAACACAAAUCUAAAGAAUAUUGGGUGAAAGCAGAGGAAUUAUGUUCUGCAAUAAAUACUGUGCUUUGGAAUGAAAGAAUAAACAUAUGGAAGGAUUACGAUUUCAGAAACCAAAAAUUAAGGAAUUAUUUUUACUUGUCAAAUUUUAUGCCAUUAUUUACAAGAUCAUACAAACACCGCCCAAAUGAGAUGACUCAAAUGAUACUGAACUAUCUAAAUAAGUAUAACAUGGAUCGAUAUGACGGUGGAUUACCAGCUUCAACAGAAUAUUCUGGCGAGCUUUGGGAUUUCCCAAAUGCAUUACCACCUCUUCAAUACUUUCUUAUCACAGGCCUCGAUCUGAUUGGCACAGCCACUGCAUCCGAACUGGCCUUUCACUUCGCAGAUAAAUUUAUAAAUGCAUGUUACAAGGGUUAUUAUGAACAUGGAACUAUGUUUGGAGCUUACGACUGCCUCAUGCCUGGAAGAUUUGGCAUAGGACUGGAAGACAUAGAAUAUGGAUGUGAAAUCGGUGAGGGGUACGGUUGGACAAACGGAGUCAUUCUCUCGCUUUUAAGGAGAUUUGGAAAUGACCUCCGAGUUAUCGAUGAAAAGGCAGGCACAGAAAUGACCAAUUCUUCAUAAGGAUAGACAUGAAAGACAGUGAAGAUACUACUUAAACUGUUGGCCAAGUCGAAAUCAUAAUUUCAAUAAUAAAAAAAAUGAGUUGUUAAUAAUCUUUAAAUAUUUUUAUGUGGCUCUAAAUUGUAUAGCUUAAUUAAUACUA